GGUACAUGUCAGUAUUCGAACAUGGCCAAGUAAUGAGUUCCAGUUCUGUCUGAAAACGAGAGAUCAUUAUUUAUUUAGAAAAUUGCGUGAUUGGAGGGAGAGCCAAUAAAAAAGCUAAAGAAACAAGAACAACACAUUUAAGAUCGAAACAAAAAACAAAAACAAAAAAUCAAGGAAAAAGAAGAAGGAUGGCUAUUAACGGUGAUGAUAACGUUUCAGGAGAAGAAACAGCUUCUUCGAACCGACCGGUAAGAGUCUACGCCGAUGGAAUCUAUGAUUUAUUCCAUUUCGGUCACGCUCGCGCCAUCGAACAAGCCAAGAAAUCGUUUCCGAACACGUAUCUGCUCGUAGGAUGUUGUAACGACGAGAUCACAAACAAAUUCAAAGGAAAGACAGUGAUGACAGAGUCCGAACGUUAUGAAUCUCUCCGUCAUUGCAAGUGGGUUGAUGAAGUGAUUCCAGAUGCACCAUGGGUUCUCACUACAGAGUUUCUCGAUAAGCAUCAGAUCGACUACGUAGCUCAUGAUGCUCUUCCAUAUGCGGAUGCUAGUGGAGCUGGAAACGAUGUUUAUGAGUUUGUGAAGUCGAUUGGAAAGUUUAAAGAAACUAAAAGAACAGAGGGGAUAUCAACUUCGGAUAUUAUCAUGAGAAUUGUGAAAGAUUACAAUCAGUAUGUGUUGCGUAAUUUGGACCGUGGAUAUUCAAGAGAAGAACUUGGUGUCAGCUUCGUUAAGGAGAAGAGGCUUAGAGUGAACGUGAAACUCAAGAAACUACAAGAGAAAGUGAAAGAACAGCAAGAAAAGAUACAAACGGUAGCAAAAACUGCUGAGAUGCACCGCAAUGAGUGGGUUGAGAACGCAGAUCGUUGGGUUGUGGGGUUUCUUGAAAUGUUUGAGGAAGGUUGUCAUAAAAUGGGAACAGCGAUUAGAGAUGGGAUACAGCAACGGCUACUGAGGCAAGAUUCCCAAGAGAAUGAUGAGAACGAACAGGUUUCUGAUGAUGAUGGGUUUGUAGAAGGAGAUGAAAACUGUCAUGAUGAUCAGGAAGGUUUCUUGAAUAAGGAGAGAAACAUAGAGGAAGAGAUAGUGAAGAAAUGAGAGUUUUAUGCUCAGGUUUCAAGAAAUUUCAGACGCAGAAGACCAAAGUGUAACAGAUUCCACACUUAUGGAAUAUGAUUUAUAUUUAUGUUUAAGUGAAUACUUGAAAAAUCUACUUCCAAAUCUGUACUUUGUUUCUAAGACUCAAAUGUCCUUUAUGUAGAAUUUAUGAUCAACCCACUCCAGUGAUAACAUGGAGACCGUAA